AGAGAUCCACCAUAGGGGAUACAUGCCCAGCCUAGCGUGUGUUCAACCGUAAAAUUCUCACUCGAUGAGAUCGAAGUCGAUCUUUCUGAAAACUCCCGGCAGACCCUGAGAGAUAUACGGCUCCAAAGGCACAAGAAACGGAACACACUUCCAACAAUGGGGGCUAAGACUAUUCUUGUGAGAGGGUUGGGGAUCAUAUUACUGCUACUUGCGGUGCUGUUGAUAAAAAGUAAACCCACAAUAUUUGACGGUAAUAUGAACAGAAUGUUACCCAAUCAGAUCGGAUCAAGCACAGGAGGACGACAAGUCGCGAAUAAAGAUGACAAUGUCAUCUCUAGCGGAGGUGGCGAAACAUCCAUCCCCAAAGAAAUGGACAAAAUGUUAGGGAAUGAGCUCCCUCCGAGCAAAGAUGGACGACAAGACAUUAGUAUAGAGGGAAAUACCGCCUACAGUGCAGAUGACAAACCAAUCUUUGCCGAAGACACAGUGUUACCCAAUCAGAACCCUCCACGCAUUGACGUGGGACAAGAAAAGGACACAGUAUUACCCAAUCAGAACACUGCUAACAAGGAUGGAGGGCAAGGAAAGAAUAAAGAUGACAACUCGGUCUCGAGUGCAAAUGAGAAACCAAUAAUCUCCCAAGAAAAAGACAAAGCUUUACCCAAUCAGAACACCGCAAACAAGGACGAGAGGCAGGGAAAGAACUCAAAUAACAACACUGCCUCCAGUGCAAAUGUCCGACCAAUCAUCUCUAAAGAAAACGACAAAGUGCUACCCAAUAAGAACACUCCAAACAAGAAUGAAGGGCAAGAAAACGCGCUCAAAUCCAACGAACAGAAAGUGUUAGCCAAUCAGAACCCUCCACAGAAAGAUGGACGGGAGAGCAAAGAUUCAGGUAACAACAACGCUGCCACCAGUGCCCUCCCAACAGGUACUUCCUCAGAGAAAACUGGCGCGCACAUUUUUAACCGUAAACAAAUCUACAAGGUAGGCGACGAACUGUUAGUUAGGAUAAUUGCAAGAGAUGCAGCUUCUCGUCCGAAAACUAUUGGCGGAGACUUUUUCACCACCAUGCUUUCCAGUAGGUCCCCCGUGAAUGCUAGCACCGCUGGACGAAUCGUAGACUACGGGAACGGAACGUACAUCGCCCGCUUUGUGUUGGGUUGGCCAGGCUUGGUGACAGCCGCAGUAAGACUGAUACACUCCAGCGAAGCAGUGAACAUCCUCAAGAAAAGUCGAAGCCACAAGAUAAGACGUUUCUUCUCCUGUGGCUUCUUUGAUGAGAAGAUGAACAAUACGGAAUGGACUAGCUGCACGUUUAACCCAAUCGAGAAGGCCAACUACAGUGGGAACGUUUGCGAUUUUUCCAGACCCGAUAUCAACGUGACGUGGUAUUGUCAUAGACCGAAAAGCGCUCCUUGCGAUCCCCCGGUAGAGUGCAGGCAGGAUAGGAACAAGUCUCUCCGAGUUGAUGACCUGUUCACAGAAGAAGAGAAGGCGUCGUUGCUUAAGGGGUAUACGGACAGGGUUGAGGUUUCUGCGAACAUCAGCGUGAUAGUUCAGAAAAACGAUAAAGGGAUCGAACCUAAGAGUCUGCCCCAAUGCGGCCCCCGUCUUCCGGAACCAGCAUCAGAAGGCUACUGGUACAACGGCACCUGGUACUCUCUCCGCUGUCGGGCUCAGCGAGGGUUCGACAGGGAGGCAGCCAUCCGCUGUCUUCGGAACAAAAACAUCUACCUCCAGGGCGACUCCACCUUACGCCAAUGGUACAGCGACCUCGCCAAAACCAUCAACACCGUGGACAACCCAAACGAGUCCCCAAAAUUCCUCGGACCAACCGUCACCACCAACCACUCCAAUAACAUAAACAUCCACUUCAGGUUCCACCAUUUUCCAGUCAGCGGGCCGCCAACACGCCCGAUGAACGUCUUCAGUUUUGCCGCAGACGACAUCAUGAACAUUGUUGGUGGUCCCAAUGUGGUGUUUGUGUUGGGUUUAUGGGCGCAUUUCUGUGCAGAACCGGUUGAAACGUUUCGCUCACGACUAUACGGUAUCCGGCAUGCGAUCGUAUAUCACCAUAGCAAAUAUCCCGGUACUAAAUUCUUCGUACGCUCAAGUAACACACGUGGUUUUGUCACUUUUUCCCACCUACGAGAUAACAGUAACUGGUACGCGUAUCAACUGCUACUAGAGGCCAGGGAUAUCCUUGGGGAUUUGAACGUCACGAUAAUUGACGUUUGGGAUAUGUCGUUAUGUCAGUGGCACGAACAUAAUGUUCACCCUCAUCAUGACGUCAUCCUGAACCACUUAGAUAUGUUCUACUCUUAUAUAUGUCCAAUGUAAUGGCUUUGUUGAGUAUGGAUGUAGAAAUUGUAAAACAACACGGAUAUAUCUUUGUAUCUUCAUAGGUAUAUUGCAUUGUAAUAUGUUAUUACUAUAUGUAGUAACUACAUGUAUACACAUGAAUGCCUAGGUAUUCCUACGAAUUUAAUUAUGGAGGGAGAGUAAGUAAAGUAGGUUUGGGCAUCCUAGCGACUUUUCGUUGGAACUGUAGGAGUCUAUUUUCUUUCAAACUUAAGUAUAACUCAUUAUCUGGAAGUAGCAUGUAGAUAGCUUGUUUAUGUUACCUUAAUAAAGAUGUAUUAAAGUUUCCAUAAUCAUAAUAGGGUCAUAUGAUAUCAAAACCAACAACGUUAACUGUUUUUACAUCAUGAUGAUUAAAAUAUGAUGGUUUAUUGUUAUCUUAUGUAUUGAGAUGUUCAUAAUUGAUAUUUUUGUUAAUGCUACGCAAUUGAUAAGUUCAAGUGCGAAUACUUUAGCAUUGUUGUAUUUUUUUCUGUUCUUGAUAUUUUGUAUGGAUAAGAAUUGAUAAGCAUUAAAUAAACUGUUCAAAUUAUUGA